AUCGAACCUAGCAUCGAGCCCGACUGAGCAUCUUUCUGCUGCACGCAUGAACAGCAUGCAGUGUCUGUAUUAUGUUCCUCUCGUAAUCUUUCGGGCCCGUCCACGCAUCUCGUAGGCCUGUCACACUCGAGAAUACGACUCUGGACCUUGCGUACCUCCCCACGACUUAUUGUAUGGAAGUAUCCGCCGCUGUAAUUUGUUCACCCUCGGAGCGGGAGGCGCUUUUCCCGGUUUCUCCUCAUGCUCCUGACGCAGUCUUUGGUAAAUCUACAAUAUCCAGGUCCAGGUCAUCUAACAAAGGAUUAGAAGAGGUUAACGUUGUCCUCACUGAUCGUGAGAUUGUCGAUCGAUCUGUCUCUUGGACGGAGCCUGUCUUGUGCAAAGGCUAGGUAUGCCUCGAUGAAGCGCUCAAAAGCGGCAAGUAGAGCCCAUCGAGACCUGCCUUGUAGACGAACCUUUCUAUAGCCUAGAGUAUGACAUGUCGGCAUCCUGUUUGGCAGUGCAUGGGUGUUAGCCUUCGCUGAGGACGUGGAUUUGUUGUUUAUAUUGCGCAGUAGCGCU